ACAGAAGAAAGUUGGUGGCUAUAGAAUCAGAGCUCACACAGACUGAAACACAGACUGAAAAUAACUUGCUUUCUGAAACAUUACUUUUUCUCAGUUUUAGUACAGUGUGUGGCCUCCAGACAUGUCAAAGAAUCUUUUCAGAAGACCCUUAGCUGAAGAUUUCUCUGCAGUAUUUAGAAGCCUGCUAUCUAAUAGUAACCAAUUCCUUUUGUAAAGGAAUUACAAAAUCCUUUUUAAAGAAAUGAUAAAAUGGAUGUAUUAGGAAGGCAGAUUUCUGUUAUGUCCCAUAAAAUAGCCAGGACGCAUGGAACCCUGCGAGGUAGAACAUGGUUCUGUUCUGUUCACAUCUGUGCCUUGCACAUUUAGGCUCCUCUGUGCAUUCAUUUCCUAUCAGACUCACCCGCUUACGUGGGCGCUCCUCACUGUCUGACAUGACAGACACUCUGGCGCCUCACUCUUUCUUUCCUGCAAUUUAAGGUGUCUGCACAGGCUAAGGAACUGAUUUAAAAAGACAGCCGUGCAUGAUUUAUAUCUCAUUUAUAUCCCCUGCUGUAGAAUGUUUUUUGAACUGCAAGGAUGUGGGAACCUGUGCACUUUACAUUUCUUUCAGACUGGAAGACCAGGCCUGACAUCAAAUCGUGGAGUUCCCAGCAGGGCAUAUCUGAAGUAUCCCACAGUGCAAAUGUUUGGUCGCACGCGACAUUCGGAGAUAUCUGGGGUGUCAAUACCCAGAGGCACCAGGAGAGUUGGAGAAGACGUCUUGGGCCAGAGGCAUCUUCCCAGAAGAAAAUAACCGCUCUGGAGAAAAUAGCUGAGCAAAAUAAGUUUGGUGAGGACUCAGGUUUGAGCACAGACUUGGUUCCACAAUUGGACAUUUCUUCAAGCAUAAGGCCCAGCGAAUGUAAGACAUUUGGAAAUAAUUUGGAACACAAUUCAGAAUUAAUUACUCAGAGUGGUAUCCCUGCUAAAAAGAAGCCUUACAAGUGUGAUAAAUGUAGGAAGUCAUUUAUUCAUAGAUCAUCACUCAAUAAACAUGAGAAAAUUCAUAAAGACGAUGCUUAUUCCAAUGGUACGGAUCAAGGAGUUCCUUCUGGAAGGAAACAUCACGAGUGCACUGACUGUGGGAAAACUUUCCUGUGGAGAACACAGCUUACUGAGCAUCAGAGAAUUCACACUGGGGAGAAACCCUUCGAGUGUAAUGUGUGUGGAAAGGCCUUCAGGCACAGCUCAUCCCUUGGUCAGCAUGAAAAUGCACAUACAGGGGAGAAACCUUAUCAGUGUAGUCUCUGUGGAAAAGCCUUCCAGCGCAGUUCAUCUCUUGUUCAGCACCAGAGAAUCCACACUGGAGAAAAACCCUAUCGGUGUAACCUCUGUGGGAGGUCAUUCAGGCACAGUACAUCCCUUACUCAACAUGAGGUCACACAUAGCGGAGAGAAACCCUUCCAAUGUAAGGAAUGUGGGAAAGCCUUUAGUAGAUGUUCUUCCCUUGUUCAACAUGAGAGGACUCAUACAGGAGAGAAGCCUUUUGAAUGUAGCAUAUGUGGAAGGGCGUUUGGUCAGAGCCCAUCCCUUUAUAAGCAUAUGAGGAUUCAUAAGAGAAGCAAACCUUACCAAAGUAACAACUUCAGCAUAACUUUUGAGCCUAACAUUCCUCUCACUCAAGGUGAAAGUGCGCUCACUGACGUAAAGUCAUACCAUUGUAUUGACUGUGGGAAAGACUUCAGUCACAUCACAGACUUCACUGAGCAUCAGAGGAUCCAUGCUGGAGAGAAUUCCUAUGACUCUGAACAGGCCCUUCGUCAGCAGUCCCUGUCUCAUCCCCGAGAGAAACCCUAUCAAUGCAACGUAUGCGGGAAAGCUUUUAAAAGGAGUACGAGUUUUAUAGAGCAUCAUAGAAUUCAUACUGGAGAAAAACCCUAUGAAUGUAAUGAGUGUGGAGAAGCCUUCAGUCGACUCUCGUCACUGACGCAACAUGAGAGAACCCACACUGGAGAGAAACCAUACGAAUGUAUUGACUGCGGGAAAGCCUUCAGUCAAAGUUCAUCCCUUAUUCAGCAUGAAAGAACUCAUACUGGAGAGAAACCCUAUGAAUGUAGUGAAUGUGGCCGUGCCUUUAGAAAGAAAACCAAUCUGCAUGAUCAUCAGAGAAUUCAUACUGGAGAAAAGCCCUAUGCUUGUAAGGAAUGUGGGAAAAACUUCAGCAGGAGCUCAGCCCUUACUAAACACCACAGAAUUCAUUCACGAAAUAAACUGUAGGAGAGCAAAAAACGACAGGAUGGGUAGGAAACACUGUCUAAAAUCUGGUUCCAACCCAGUUUCUGAGAAAGUCUGAGAAUGUAAUUAUGUGUUCAUACACUGUGUAUGGAGAAAACGGUGCCACUAGACAGAUUUUUUUUUUUAAAUAAAAGCCAUUCUUUCAUACCUGA